AUGUCACAACCUGUCACAAACAUGUCACAACCAGAGUAUGCACCUUAUGAUAUUGUUGACAAGAGAUUUAUAUUAGGGAUUCUAAAGAUUGAUCUCUCUGAAGAUAACUCCCAAAAUAAAAACAGCAAUCUCAUUACCAUACCAUUGCAAAGUUUCAUAGAACCUGAAGCACUACAAAAACCAAGUGUCAUUGUUCCAAUCAAGGCUGCCACGAGUUUAGUGCGAAAUGACAAAUUUAGUCGAUUUGUAUCAGAAUCUGAGGAAUCAGAGGAUGACUUAAUAGACAGUGGAAAAGAUAGCGAGUCUGAUAAAGAGUCUUCAUCUAAAAGUGAUGAUGAGGAUAUUGAAAUGAGCACAUCACAUGCAACUGAUGAUUACAGUGUUGACGUCAGUCCAUCAAACUCAGAGGAUGAAGACAAUUCAGGAAAGGAGCUUCAAGAAAAUAGUUCUGAAAAAGAGAAUGAAAAAGGUUCUUCUGAAAGUGAGAGACCUGAAGAAAGUAGUUCAGAGGAGGAUGGAACUGUCAAUGAACAAGAUGAUGAUGAUGAUGAUGAUGUUGAACCCCUUAAAUCAAGUGAGAUGAUCAACAGUACUGCUCCAGAUGAUUUUGUAGUUUGUGAGAAGGCUGCAGUCACUCAUGCUGCGUCUGAUAAUAAUGUCCAGUCAGAUAAACAUUGCUUCUCACUAACAACGUCCAGCAGAAACUCUUUACCGACAUGGUCUAGUAGAGAUCUAUCUUCACCAAUAAGAUCUAGCACAAACUCUUCAACACCAAGGUCUAGCAGGGAUAAAUCUCUUCCAACAAAGUCUAGCAGAAAUUCUUUACCAACAAAGACCAAUGAAGAUCGAUUUCCAACAACAAACUCUUCACCAAAAAUAAGUAAUAGAGAUCGAUCUCCACCAGCAAAAUUUAGCAGAAACUUUUUACCAACAAGGUCAAGUAUAAAACAAUCUCUACCAACAAAGUCCAGUAGGAACUCUUCACCAACAAGAACUAAUAGAAAUCGAUCUCCACCAAUAAAAUCUAGCAGAAAUUACACUUUACCGAUGAGGCCUAAUCGAGGUUGCUCUGCAUCAGCUAGGUCCGCCGACAGAAGUGACAUAUCAACAAGGCCUAGUAGAGAUACUUACCUGCAGUCUAGGGAUAUUGGGAAUUGCUUACCUGCAUCUGGGCAAAAAAGGAGUUCAAUACUGUCUAUUAAAUCUUCCUCUCCUAGUUCUCAGCCUGGGCAGUCAGGUAAAGAUGUUGAAACAUUGCCAAAUAUUCUUGAACAAAGACGAGAAAAAUUCAAUAACAAUGCUAUCCACUAUAAAAAACAAACUAAGAUAUCUCUGAAAAGUACUGGUUUUUUUGACCAGAAAAAGAAGAGCUACAGGACAUGUAAAAUUCAAAGUGAUAGCACAAGUGAUACUGAUAGUGAUAGUAGCUCUUCUUCUGAUUUAAGUUCACGAGAGUCAUCCAGUAAUGAAGGAACAAUUCCACUGGAAGACAGUGAAACUGACUCUGAAGGAGAAGUGACAAGGUUUAAACAAACUGGCACAACCGAAAGAAAGGAUGAUUUUAGGACAAAACGAAGAGUUAUUAAGGAUAAUGUUACAGGGUGGACAAACCGUGAGAGGCCUUAUCGUGACAAGGAUCCUAACUCUGGCAUGAGGAGCAGAGACAAUUUUCAUCAUAGCCAAAACCCACGUAGUCAUAGAUUCGACAUAAAUUCUCAUAGGAGCAGGCCACGGAGUUGUAGGAGCAGGCAACGGAGUUACAGUCCUCAAAGAAAUCGAGGACGCAGUAGGAGUCCAAGAAAGAAAAGGUAUUCAAGUCCUAAAAGAGCUUUUACUGUCCACCAACGUUCAAGUUCUAAAAAGAAAAGCAGUUUAUGCCCAAGCCCUAAAAAGGAAAAACUUUUAAGUCGCCAUCAGAAACACAGAGACAGUCCAAAAGCUGAUAUACACAGAAACUUGAGUCCAAAAAAUAGAACUCAACAUACCCAUAAAUCUGGUCCAAAAAAAUAUAAGUGUGGAAGCUCAAGUCCCCAAAUGUCAGCUACAUCUCAGAUUGAACAAAGUCACUUGAAGUGUAGCCAGUCAAACUCUGAGAGUGUCAGUAGCUCGCAACCAGUGAGAACAGUCGUCAGUAGUAUAGUUAAAAUCAGCUCAAAAACUGAGAGUCCUAGCAUUAUAACAGAAGUAGAUGACACGGCAAUAGAAAAACAAGAUAAAAAACUGAAAAGUACUGCAAGAACCUCUCUGCUUGAUGUUGAGAAAGAUGACAACUUCAGGGAUUAUGACAACCACAAGCAAGUCCAGAGGUCAGAGAAUAGAGAUGUUAGUAAGUCUGAGAACAGAAGAACAAGUCCACAGAUACAGAUUACCUUUUGUGGCG